CUCCGGAGCCUGGCUGGGCGAUGAAAGAAGACCUCCCCCCCGGCGAGGCUAUGGCACCGUCGGGGCUCCUGCGAGCGGCGUCGCUCGGGUUCCUGGGCGCCUUCUGGCUCUGGCUGGGGAUGGGCGCAGGAUGGGUGGAUGGUGCUCCCAGGCCUCUUCGUGAUGUCUAUAAUCAAGGCUUAAAUGUUCUCUUCCUGAUUGCGGAUGACUUGCGCCCUGCCUUGGGGUCUUACGGGGACUCCCUGGUGAGAUCACCCAACAUUGAUCAGCUGGCUUCCAGGAGUGUGGUGUUCCAGAAUGCCUUUGCCCAGCAAGCUGUCUGUGCCCCAAGCAGGGUCUCCUUCCUCACAGGCCGCAGACCUGAUUCCACCAGGCUCUAUGACUUUAACUCGUAUUGGCGAAGCCACGCGGGAAACUACACCACGCUGCCGCAGUACUUCAAGGAGAACGGCUACGUCACCCUGUCCGUGGGGAAGGUUUUCCACCCAGGGAUCUCCUCGAACCACAGUGACGAUUUCCCCUUCAGCUGGUCCGCUCCGGCUUUCCAUCCCUCUUCCGAAAAAUACGAAAACACGAAGGUUUGCAAAGGCAAAGACGGAAAGCUUCACGCCGACUUGAUCUGCCCGGUGGAGGUGGCUGAGAUGCGAGGGAACUUGCCAGAUAUCCAGAGCACCGAGGAGGCCGUCCACUUGCUGAAGGCCAUGAAAAGAAUCAAGAGGAAGUUUUUCCUGGCUGUCGGCUAUCACACCCACAUCCCAUUCAGAUACCCCCGGGAAUUCUGGGAAUUAUACCCUUUGGAAAAUGUCACCUUGGCUCCCGACCCGGCACUCCCUAAAAAGCUUCCUCCCGUUGCCUACAAUCCCUGGAGGGACCUGCGGCGGAGAGACGACGUGGCAGCCUUGAACCUCAGUUUCCCUUACGGGCCCAUCCCAGAACACUUCCAGUGUAAGAUUCGCCAGAGUUAUUUCGCCUCUGUUUCCUACGUGGAUACGUUGGUGGGGAAGUUGCUGGCUGCCCUGGAUGAGACAGGCUUCUCGCACAACACGGUGGUGGUUUUCACCGCAGACCACGGCUGGUCCCUGGGUGAACACGGCGAGUGGGCGAAAUACAGCAACUUCGACGUAGCCACGCGAGUGCCAUUGAUGUUCUACGUGCCGGGAGUGACCACUCUGAUCUCCUGA